AUGACUCUCAGCUUUCUCUCCACAUUCUCCUUCUCUCUCUAUUUGGCGUUACUUCCUUAUGACCAUGUUGACCAGAUAAAAGGAAAAGAUUUGUAUCGCCCCCGUUCUCUUUGCUCUCUCUCUCUCUGUAUCGCCCCCGUUCUCUUUGCUCUCUCUCUCUCUCUGUAUCGCCCCCGUUCUCUUUACUCUCUCUCUCUCUCUGUAUCGCUCCCUUUCUCUUUACUCUCUCUCUCUCUCUGUAUCGCCCCCGUUCUCUUUGCUCUCUCUCUCUCUCUGUAUCGCCCCCGUUCUCUUUGCUCUCUCUCUCUCUCUGUAUCGCCCCCGUUCUCUUUGCUCUCUCUCUCUCUCUGUAUCGCCCCCGUUCUCUUUGCUCUCUCUCUCUCUCUGUAUCGCCCCGUUCUCUUUGCUCUCUCUCUGUAUCCGUUCUCUUUGCUCUCUCUCUCUAUCUCCCCGUUCUCUUUCUCUCUCUCUCUCUCCGUUCUCCCGUUCUCUUUGCUCUCUCUCUCUCUGUAUCGCCCCGUUCUCUUUGCUCUCUCUCUCUCUCUAUGUCGCCCCGUUCUCUUUGCUCUCUCUCUCUCUCUGUAUCGCCCCGUUCUCUUUGCUCUCUCUCUCUCUCUGUGUCUUUUCCCGUUCUCUUUGCUCUCUCUCUCUCUCUGUCCUCGCCCCGUUCUCUUUGCUCUCUCUCUCUCUCUGUAUCGCCCCGUUCUCUUUCUCUCUCUCUCUCUCUGCUCGCCCCGUUCUCUUUGCUCUCUCUCUCUCUCUGUCUCGCCCCGUUCUCUUUCUCUCUCUCUCUCUCUGUCCCCUUCCCGUUCUCUUUGCUCUCUCUCUCUCUCUCUAUCGCCCCGUUCUCUUUGCUCUCUCUCUCUCUCUAUAUUUCCCCCGUUCUCUUUGCUCUCUCUCUCUCUCUGUCUUUCCCCGUUCUCUUUUUUCUCUCUCUCUCUCUCUCCUUCCCGUUCUCUUUGCUCUCUCUCUCUCUCUCCUUCUAUCGCCCCGUUCUCUUUGCUCUCUCUCUCUCUCUCUUUUGCCCCCGUUCUCUUUGCUCUCUCUCUCUCUCUUUUCGCCCCGUUCUCUUUGCUCUCUCUCUCUCUGUAUCGCCCGUUCUCUUUGCUCUCUCUCUCUCUCUGUCUCCCCAUUCUCUUUGCUCUCUCUCUCUCUGUAUCGCCCCCGUUCUCUGCUCUCUCUCUCUCUCUCUUCCCUCGUUCUCUUUGCUCUCUCUCUCUCUCUUUCGCCCCGUUCUCUUUGCUCUCUCUCUCUCUCUGUAUCGCCCCCCUUCUCUUUGCUCUCUCUCUCUCUCUCCUUUCUCCUCUCUCUCUUUUCUCUCUCUCUCUGUCUCUUCUUUCCGUUCUUGCCCUCCCCGUUCUCCCUCCCCGUUCUCUUUGCUCUCUUCCCGUUCUCUUUGCUCUUCUCUCCCCUUUUUUCUUUGGUCUCUCUCCCCUGCACUCUUUGCACUACCUACAACCCCCUACUCUUUGCUUUCUCUCCCUCUAUCACCCCUAUACUUUCUCUCUCCCCACCACCCUACUCUUCACUCUCUCUCUCUGUACCAUCUCCUUCUCUCUCUUUCCAUAUUUGUUGUUAUUUUUUCUUUGA